AGAUGACUCCAAGGAAAGCGAGUUUGAUAAAAUCUAAUAAAAUCAGGAAGAAUAAGGACAAUAAAACCGAUGACAAAUCUCAUGAAGGAGCCAAGAAAGUAAAGCAAACAAUUCUUCGUCCAGACAAGCACAUGAGUGAUUACAGUCCCGAGCAACUUCGCCGUCUUUCAGAAGAAUACAAUACAAUGCGAAAGGAGAUUCCUGGACUCAUCAGCGAGGAGGAUAAGUAUCGUAAUCUGAUCUUCCACAUAGGAGUAAUGUGCCUUGGAGUUAUUGUCUUCUUGGCAGUUAGAAGUGUUUUGCAAUAUUUCUAAAAAGUGUGUGUUGCUUGAAGUUGAGAGAAUAUUCAUACCAUACUUUCUAUGAUUCAUUUUUUCAUUCUAUCAACCAAAUUAGAAUUUCAUUUUCUCACGAUUCUUUCACUAUUUAUCAAAUUUUGAACAAAUAAACGU